AUGGAGGUUGAUGAUGGCCAAGCCGCUCCAAACUAUCCAACUCUUCUCAAUGUCACACAUAUCGACAUGGCGUCCCGAGCCGACGACAUCCGAGCUGGUCUCAUUGACACGUUUUUGAAUCUCGAACGGGUUGAUAAGAACUUAUAUUUAGCUCGUCAUUUGCUUAAAGGUCGCAACUCAUUACCGGUUGUGUACGGUGGACAAGUCAUCGGACAGGCACUCUCUGCGGCUACAGCCACCGUUGAUAUGGGAUUUGUGCCGAACAGUCUUCAUAGUUAUUUUGUACAAAGUGGCAAUGUGGACCGUCCUAUUCUAUACCAAGUUGACCGAAUUCGUGAUGGUCGCAGUUUUUGCACUCGACACGUUAAAGCUCUUCAAGAUGGUGAAGCAAUUUUCAGUGUUCAAAUAUCGUUCCAUAGGCCUGAGCCUGACUCGAUCGUUCAUCAGCUACCAAUGCCGGAAGUUCCUGCUCCCGACAGCUUGGAGGAUUUGUCGGAAGUAUUCGAAAAAGUGAAGAAGAAUCCGAACAUUCCGGCACCAGCAUUAGCGAUGAUUCGUUUCAAGCAAAAGGAAAUUCCGCCUGCAUUCUUCCGUAUGUUCUCAUUUCGGCCAGUCGACAUCGACUCCUAUCUUUUGCUCAAAAAGGAUGACCCUCAUUCAUCAGCGAAUUCACAUCCUACUGAAGCGUUUCGAUCGUAUGUCUGGAUCAAAGCAAACGAAAAUAUUGGUGACGACCCGAGAUUGCAUGUAGCUGCAGCAGCUUAUAUCUCGGACGCCACCAUGAUUGAAACAGCUCUGAGACCGCACUCAAAGCGAGGAUUCAUCCCGUCGAUGGCUUUGACUUUGGAUCAUUCAAUUUGGAUGCAUACCGAUAAUUUUCGAGUCGAUGACUGGCUGCUUUAUGAAAACCACAGCACUAUUGCUAGCGGUGGUCGCAGCUUGAUUGAAGGAAAAUUAUGGACCAGAGAUGGUCGCUUGAUUUGUUCGACAACUCAAGAAGCACUUGUGCGAUCUCCAAAGAAGCGACCAACACCAUCACCAUCGCCCGCCUCUUACCAAAAUUCUAAUUCGCAUUAA